AUGGAACCAAACUGUGACCGCUUCAGAUGUGAACAAGCCACAGGCAGCUUCCUCCGGGAGAUGCCUCUCAGUGUGGCCUGGAGGCUGGUCGUGUGUCAGUGCCAGGACUCAGAUGAGACGUGUGGUAGAAUGAGCUCUGUGCUGCACAGUGGCACAUGUGGCACAGAGAGAAGCAGCUGCCUGCACUCAGUCACACAGUGUGCCAGGGGCCGAGGCUGCAGGCAGCGGUUGGGUGUAUUUCAAUCUCGAUGUUGGAGCUCCAUGGAUCCACAGUGUCUGAUGGGGCCUCACACUGAGCAGUGUUUGGGUCAGAUGAAUCCAGCUCUGGUCCUCGGAGCUCGGCCUGAAUGUCAGACAGCCUUUUUGAACACUGUGGGCACCACACUUCUUUACCCUUGCACUUGUGAGGGACUGCAGUCCUCUGACCGUCAAAGAUGUGGCAUGAUUCAGCAGGUCUUCCACAACAGAACGUAUUACAUAAAACAGAAGUUGGACGGUGAUGCUACCACGAAAGCCCCAUCGCAAUCUGAAGCCAGCAAGAUCUCAGCCCGGAUCAGUCUAGUACCAUUACUGUGA